CUUUUCCUCUCGGCGAGUUAAAUACCUAUUCCCUGUCGUAUACACAGUAUAUAUUCUUUUUCUCUUCCUCUUCCUCUUCCUCCAAGAAACCAACAAAUUCCAGAAACUCUCUCACUUCAAUCUCACUGCAAACCACCAUAUAUAUAAAACCGCCCGAGUUUUCUCAACACAAAAUUUCUUCAUCUCAUUCAACUCCAAAAACAACGGUUUAUUUAUUUCGCCAUAGUCGAUCAACAUUCACCACAAAGAAGAUGAUUCAGCUGAGAGUCCGAAGCCGCGAUGGGUUAGAGCGAGUCUCGAUCGAAAACCCCCAAAUCACAGUCUCGCAACUCAAAACCCUAAUCCAAUCCCAACUCCAAAUCCCAAUCCAAAACCAAACCCUCUCCACCAACCAAAACCUCCUCUUAUCCAAAACCCCAGCCGAUCUUCUCAAUUUCACGGACAUGGCGAACCCCAACGCCACCCUCUCGUCCCUCAACCUAGCGCACGGCUCCAUCGUCUUCCUCGCCUACGACGGCGAGCGCAACGUUUCGGGCCCGAGGAAUUUCAACCCGGCCGGCUCGUUCGGGCGCAAGAUGACCAUGGACGACCUAAUCGCGAAGCAAGUGAGGGUCACGCGCCAGGAGAACCCGCAUUGCGAGCUCGUGUCGUUCGAUCGCGAUUCCGCGCACGCGUUCCAGCAUUACGUGAAUGAAACGCUGGCGUUCGGCGUGAAGCGAUGUGGGUUCAUGUACGGCACCGUUUCGGAGACCGGAAAAGUCGAGGUGGACUUCAUCUAUGAGCCUCCGCAGCAAGGGACUGAGGAGAAUUUGGCUAUACUCCGAGACCCAGAUGAGGAAAAGCUUGUGGAAGCCAUUGGUAUUGGUUUGGGGAUGAGGAAAGUUGGGUUCAUAUUCACACAGACAAUCAGUCAGGAUAAGAAGGAUUACACCAUGUCUAACAAGGAAAUUCUUCAGGCUGCGGAGUUUCAUGCUGAGAGUGGGCUUAAAGAGUGGGUCACUGCGAUUGUGAAGCUUGAGGUGAAUGAGGAUGGUGGUGCUGACGUGCACUUUGAGGCCUUUCAGAUGAGUGACAAUUGUGUGAAGUUGUUUAAGGAUGGGCUGUUUGAGACCGAGAUUGCUGAAGACGAUGAUCCUAAGCUUUCGAAAAUGAAGAAGGAUGUGGUUGUUGGGGUUAAGGAUACUAGGGAGGUUGACAAUGAUUUUUUCUUGGUCGUGGUUAAGAUUUUCGAUCACCAGGGUCCAUUGUCAUCAACGUUUCCCAUUGAGAAUCGGAUUACCCAUGUGACACUUAAGGCGCUGAAAAAUCAUCUGGACAGGACGAAGAGUCUUCCUUUUGUGAAGCGAAUAUCCGAUUUUCAUUUGCUGCUUUUACUGGCCAGAUUUUUAGACCUCAAUGCUGAUGUUCCUGCCCUGGCAGAGUGUGUUCAAAGACAGACGGCAGUACCAGAGGGUUACCAGCUCCUAAUCGAGUCCUUGGCCAGCUCUUGAAGUUGCUUAUUUGCCCUUUUAAGAACUGUUAUAUCUUAUCAUUUAGGAUGUCUACAACAAUGCAUUUAUGCUUGAUUUGAUUAGGUUCCCUUGUGCAAUGCAUUGACCCAAAAGCGGUUUUGGUACCGCUAAUCUAAGUAAGUUAUAUAAAGGAUCCAUGCAGUGGCAGUUUAAGUGUGUAUCAAAAUGACAGUAAUAUAUUUGCGUUGGAUCAUCUAAGUAAGGAAUUCAGUUUAUGGUUCGAUUGGUUUUAA